AAAACAUUCUAGCCCCAGCAGCAGUGACAGAGCUCUCAAAUCAAAUCAGGAUCCAGACACAAGUAGAUGUUAUUCAGCUGGAGAAUGGGGAACAUUUAUUAGCUCAAGUGACAAAAGUUCUGGCUCCUGUGAUUAACCUCUGAUUGCCAUUCAUGCCAGCACCCAAUCACGAGCAAGCUCAGAAGUUCAGAGAUGCCUACGAAUUGCCAACAAGUGUGGCCACUCUCCAUCAAGGGCUCUAAAACGGUGGCAGAGAGGAAGAACAGCUUUACAGAGGAUGCCCAGCUGGUAAGAAGCGACUGUUUAUGAUGCUCAGGUCACUUGAAGAUUCUCAUUGGCUGAAAGGAAGAAAUGCCCCUCCUCUUUGCAAAUCUGUGUGAAGGGGGGCAAGUGUCUAAACUACUAUGUCUGAUGGCAUUUGACCCUAUUGCCUUUAGCCUUCUGGCUAUCUACCUAGAUAUUCUCAGGUGUGUGUGUGCAUUUCAUAAAGUUGCUCCCCAUCUGUUGGUAUCAAAGAGAGUUGAAGGAAAUGAAUUUUGAAACCUCCAGAUGCGCUACCCUACAGUACUGCCCCGAUCCUUACAUCCAGCGUUUCGUAGAAACCCCAGCUCAUUUCUCUUGGAAAGAAAGUUAUUACCGAUCCGCCAUGUCACAGAGUACCCAGACAAGUGAGUUCCUCAGCCCAGAGGUGUUCCAGCAUAUUUGGGAUUUUCUGGAACAGCCUAUAUGUUCAGUGCAGCCCAUCGACUUGAACUUUGUGGAUGAACCGUCAGAAAAUGGCGCAACAAACAAGAUUGAGAUUAGCAUGGAUUGCAUUCGAAUGCAAGACUCAGACCUCAGUGACCCCAUGUGGCCACAGUACACAAACCUGGGGCUCCUGAACAGCAUGGACCAGCAGAUUCAGAACGGCUCCUCGUCCACCAGCCCCUACAACACAGACCACGCACAGAACAGCGUGACGGCGCCCUCGCCCUAUGCGCAGCCCAGCUCCACCUUCGACGCCCUCUCUCCGUCCCCCGCCAUUCCCUCCAACACAGAUUACCCAGGCCCACACAGCUUUGAUGUGUCCUUCCAGCAGUCAAGCACCGCCAAGUCGGCCACCUGGACGUAUUCCACCGAAUUGAAGAAGCUGUACUGCCAAAUUGCAAAGACAUGCCCCAUCCAGAUCAAGGUGAUGACCCCACCCCCACAGGGCGCUGUCAUCCGUGCCAUGCCUGUCUACAAGAAAGCUGAGCAUGUCACUGAGGUUGUGAAACGGUGCCCUAACCAUGAGCUGAGCCGCGAGUUCAAUGAGGGACAGAUUGCCCCUCCUAGUCAUUUGAUUCGAGUAGAAGGAAACAGCCAUGCCCAGUACGUAGAAGACCCUAUCACGGGAAGACAGAGUGUGCUGGUCCCUUAUGAGCCACCACAGGUUGGCACCGAAUUCACAACAGUCCUGUACAAUUUCAUGUGUAACAGCAGCUGUGUUGGAGGAAUGAACCGCCGUCCAAUUUUAAUCAUCGUUACCUUGGAAACCAGAGAUGGGCAAGUCCUGGGCCGACGGUGCUUUGAGGCCCGGAUCUGUGCUUGCCCAGGAAGAGACAGGAAGGCAGAUGAAGACAGCAUCAGAAAGCAGCAAGUGUCGGACAGCGCAAAGAACGGUGAUGCGUUCCGUCAGAAUACACACGGCAUCCAGAUGACCUCCAUCAAGAAACGAAGAUCGCCAGAUGACGAGCUGUUGUACUUACCGGUGAGAGGUCGCGAGACUUAUGAAAUGUUGCUGAAGAUCAAAGAGUCCCUGGAGCUCAUGCAGUACCUUCCCCAGCACACGAUCGAAACUUACAGGCAACAGCAGCAGCAGCAGCACCAGCACUUACUUCAGAAACAUUUCCUUUCAGCCUGCUUCAGGAAUGAGUUUGUGCAGCCCCGGAGAGAAGCUCCAACACAGCCUGACGUCUUCUUUAGACAUUCCAACCCCCAAAACCACUCGGUGUUCCCAUAGAGCCCCGUCUCUGUGCUUGAGCAUGUGUGUUUGUGUGUGCGUGUGCACGUGUCCAUGUAUCCAGCCCUCACAAACAGGACUUGAAGACACUUUUGGCUCAGAGACCCCGCUGCUCAAAGGCACACAUCCACUAGUGAGAGAAUCUUUGAAGGGACUCAAAAUUUUACAAAGGAAAGAUGCUUUCUGCACAUUCUGUAUCUUUAGACCCUGCCUUGGUUGGACAGGAACUACAAUUGUGCGUGUCUGUGAGGUCUCCAUUGUCUUUCCAAGGAGGGAGGGGAAGCUGUUGGGAAAAAGGCACUACCGUGUUCAUUGGAGCCUUUUCUGUUACCUUCUGUUGUGUUUCUAAAACUUAUAAUAAAGCUGUUGAGCAGGUCUCAAACUUAAGAUGUAUUUUUAAGAAAAUAGGAAAAAAAAACUUGUUAUUGUCUUUGCCUAAGCAUUGUGUUGACUGAGAGAUUUGGGCCCUUUGAAUGCUGACCAUGGAGUAGUAAGACUCAGGUGUCAAGUGUACUGGGCUGGGAUUCUUUUGAUAAAUUGCAUUUUUCGUGCACUCUCUUCCUAUGUAAGGAGAAAGCUCAUUAACGCUUUGCCAGGUCCAAUCUCAGCCACUGUACAUUAGCAUCUGCCAUGAUAGUUGUCUCUGCAGAGCGACCUACUCCUCAAUACUGUUGUUUAGGUGCCAAGGCAGGUAAACUACUUUUCUGAUGUUAAUAAGAGAUGAAACUACCCCAGAAAUAUUGCCCCAGGUACUUGCUUACCAUUAUUCAAUGCCGGGAGAGUUCAAUGUUUCCUCAUCACAUCUACGAUUAAUUUGUUUAAUUGGAGCUGCUAGUCCUCAAUCACUUCCUACCAUAAAAGAAGCCAGAUUUCUCACUACUGUUCCUAUGCAUUUCUCUGGAAGAACUACUCUCUGACUAAAUGGUGUCUAAGCACACAGUUAUUAAAAUCAACAGUCCUGGUGUAGAAAUUACAGAGAGCUUAACAAAGUCUUUUUCCUUUUAAAACAUUUUUCCCAACUCAAAAGAACUGACAGAAUCCCUGUUUCUUUCUUCAACCUCCCUGCCCCCUCCCACCUCAACCAUGUCACCGGUGCUUUGUUCUAUGUCACCAAGACAACAAUUUCUUGUGACUGAGGCCGUUGCUUUGUGGAUGUGUGGUUUUAAUUUUCAAUAAACUUUUGCAUCUUGGUUUAUCUUGUAGUUUUUGUUUCCGUCUCUCUUGUCUUCCCCCAGUACAGCAUAUUCUCAUGUCUUCAGUGCUGCCAGUGCUAGGUGUGGGUCUCAGCACGAGGGGGCAGUCACUGUGGUCCUGUCUCUCUCUUUCUCUUCUUUUUUUAACCUAUUUAAGAAUGUAUAUUCAGGUUAUCACUCUGAAAGUUAGUGAGAAUGUGUAAAUGAACAGCAAAGAGAUUUUAGUUCUGUAAAUGAUUACAGCCUAGCCUGCCAAAAGGCAUCUGAAGAAGUCUCAAGCUUUGUUUUAAAUCGCCAAGUUUACUGAAUUAAGUUUAAGCUAAGUCCAAAUGUAUUAGACAAUUAGGUUUAUAUGCCAUAUGCUUUAGCAAAUAUUUGGAAGGAGUUCUAGAGUGGGGCCAACAUCCUAAUUUUUUUGGUUUAAAUUUUGUGUCUUCUGAACUUUGUGUUAGUAUAGUUUAUAUUUCAAAGUAAGUUUUUAUAAAUGCACCAAAGCAAAUAACAGAUAAAAACAUAAGGCAAAACUAUCUGGACAUGAGAUUAAAGUAAAUUAGUAAAAACAAAUAUCCUUUCCAUGUUUCAGUAAGUAACUUUGAGCCAUAAAUACUUAAAGAAUUGGAGAAUGUAUUUAGAUUUUUGACAUUUCUUUCAGAAAUAAUUUUCUCCUUUAGCCUAUUGUUAUGUACAUUUUCAUGGACUUACAGUAGCCUUUAUAUGCAUGUAUAUGUUUAAAAUGAUGGAAUAUAUUUCUAAUUUAUGGUUGGCCUUCUAAAGAACUCUUGAUGACCUUGGUUUUGGGAAGCAAGAUUACCCAACAUACAUGCCACAGAGAGAGGAGCUCUUAGGAAAUACUUAGAAGAGGUAUAAUUAUUUUUCUAUGUCUUCCUGUUUUUCUCACCUUCCUUACCUUCAAAGCAUCCUUCUUCUCAAUUCCUUUCCCAUGUCGACAUUCAGCAUUCUAGAAAUGGCUUGGAAAAUACAUUUGUCCGAUGUGUCACCAAAUUGCAGUUAAAAGUUGUCAUUACUAUCAUGAAAAGAUUUAAAACAAGAAAGAGGAGCAAACACGUGUUUUGAAGGCCAAGGACAUAGCUUGUAACUUAUCAUGAAGAUUGUCCUUCACCGCAUAGACUUGAGAGGUAGAAUCAUGUAGCCUAAUUUCUAAUUCCAGAUCAUUUAAAGUUAGAUCUAUCCAUGAAGUUCUAAAUUUUACUUUUAGCAAUGCAUACAGAAGUUUAUGGAUUUAGAGUUAAGAACUAAGAAUUGUGGGCUUGGAGCAAUGAAAUCAGUGGUAGAGAAUUUGAUAGCAUGUGUAAGUCCUAGUUUCAAUCACCACUGAAAAACAAGUAAAAGAAAACAACAACAAAAAGCCUAUGACUUAACUUUACUAAUACUUUCCAUCAAGACUAGAACUACAGUUACCUGUCUGUUUCUCUAUAUUUCAGUCCCUUGCAGACUCUAGUAAGCCUCUGCAGAAAUGUCCCCACCUGGGAACCUUAUUACAUUUUCCUGCAAAGAGUUAUUGUCAUCACAUUAUUGGUUGUUUGACCUUUGGUUAGGGUGAGUGAUGAGGACAGAGGGGAUGAGAAAGAAAAUCAAUCAACAUGGCAUAGCUUCUGUUUUCGUUUUAAUUUGUCCCCUAAAUUUAAAGGACUGUUUACUGAAGGAUCAUGGUAUUGUGCUUUUAAAAGCCAAGGUGUUAACUGCUUUUUAUGACCUUUGAAUUGGCUGUGAUCUGAUUCAGGAUCACACUUUUUCCUACAUGUGUGAUGGCUGUCCAUUUCAGACACUGUGGAUUUAUUAAUGAUCAGUGUCAUGACCUUUGCCUUUGUGUCAGUAAAAUUCACUUUAGUGUUACUAGUGGUUCCAUUCAUGACCCCUUUGACAUUAAAAUCAUUUUUUUUAAUAUUUGCUCAAUUAAGAAUCUGUGUCAACUCUGGAUUACUUCUUCCUAUAAAUUCAUAAGUUGGAACCUUCCAUUCCUUGGUCAAAUACUAGAACAUAAACUGACCAUUUGGAACUGUAAGGGAAGAGGAAAGGACCAAGAUUCCUGAGUAUCUAUAAAACACUGGACAAUGUCCAGGAGUCUCACUGUCAUUCAGACUUCAUAGACACUCUUGUAGGGAAUGCCUAAGAAAACAAGGCUCAAGAGAUAACGUGGAUCAAUUCCUGUCACUUCAUAGGUUCAGUUCAUAUCUAGAAGAAAACAGACGUUUUGAUUGGCUCCAAAAUUCUUAUUUCUUCUCUGCCUCUCCAUUGUUUCUGGUCUCUCUUCCUGAAAUUAAGUUGAUUAUAGUGAAAAAAUAGUAGAUUAGCUAAUAAGGUAAUUAAAAAUAUUAAUGACCACAAAGAAAAUAAGGUUUUAACAGGAUCUAGAAACGAGCAGUGAACUGAUUGAAAAGUCUGUGGACAAAUGUAAACUUUAUGAAUGAAUUUUCAUCUUUCUGACUGUGGUUGUUAAUGGUUAAAACUAUUCUUAUCAUGAACUUUGGCUACAUAUUCAACUGCUUGGGGAGAUGGAAACGAAAAUGGAGUCUCUUCAAAUUAAAGGUUCUAUCUGUAUCUGGAAUCUGAAGGACUAGCUCUUCGUUACCUUCUGGCUUUUCAAGAUGGGUACAGAAGCAGUAGCAACUGACACCUCCCCAGUUCCUUGCUUUGGGCUUCCCUGUACUAAGAUAUGGAUUCACAGAGGGUCUGGGUUGACUUGGACAUGUUCACCACCCACCAUGUUGCUAUACAUUGGUUCUUUGUAACAGGUGGAUUCCCUUUACAUAGUCAUUGUUCCUUGCCUACCUUGGCCUUUCACAUUAUCUUAGUACUUCAACAAUUUCUUGAUUCAGUACCCUUGUCCACCAUGAUUAUAUUUCUAGGAGCAUGGCCCAAAAAUCAAAAGAAACAAAAAUCAUGGGCUAGGUGCCAGGAGACUCAUUUCCAUCCUUAACCCAUGCAUCUCGCAGUGCCUUGGGCAUUUGAGCACGUUCAUCUCUUAGAGUUUCAUAUUUACUUCUUUUUCAAAUAAUAAUGGACUUGAUCAUGGACUUCCAUGCUAUGGAAUGACAUGCUCCAUUGUAAUCACCCAAACAUGGAUGAAAAGCAGCCAGGUAAUCUGAGGUGUUUCAUAAGUGAAAGGAUUUAUUCUGUGGUGACUAUUUGUACCACUUAAAAAUGCUAAACAGAACAAAAAUUAAGCUUUGUUGUAAUUGUUCUAAUUCAGGUAAAUAACUAUAGCAUGAAUUGUUUGCUUUAUCCUAGCUGGUACUCUGCACUGAUACAUAAAGCAGGCUUCAUAUUUUCAGCAACUAUGGGGAAUUCUGUACAUCUUCAAAAACUGCCUAAAGUACAAAUAUUUAAAGCCACCAUUUAAAUUUAAAUAUUUUUCAAUCAUUACACUGCAUUUGGUUGUAACUUGCAUUCAGUUACAAAGCAUUUAAUAUUGAUAUCUCUCAUACACACAUAUGAAACCACAACUCAGACAUAAAUUUAAAUUUGUCUAUUAUAACUAUGGGAAUAUGGGUGUCGCAGAAAGAAGGUAAAUCAGAACAAAAGAAAACAUCUUGUUUGAUGAAUUCAAAGAAACUUUUUCUUCCAUAGGUCAGAAACACACUCAAAACCCAAUCCUCAGUAUCUAGUUUCUACUCACUGUAAAUGGCUAUGGUCUCUACAGAUGGUCUUCCUUAUCUCCUUUCCAGUUUCUGUCUCAGCCAUAUAAGGAAGAAAGGCUUGCUAUCCCUGUUAGAUUGUUAGCCUGUGAGACUCUCAAAAAAAAAAAGAAAAGAAAGAAAGAAAGAAAGAAAGAAAGAAAGAAAGAAAGAAAGAAAGGAAGGAAAGAAAGAAAGAAAGAAAGAAAAUAAAUACAUUUUAGGUUUCCUGCUAUUAACAGAGUAGCAGUACAGCAAGGGUAAAUGGCUAUAUCUGUAGAUUACAUAGCUAUAGUUUUUACUAUAGAUAGCUACUAUAUUUGAGAACAUGCACAUGCACACACACACACACACACACUCACACACACACAUAGAAGACUUGCAGAAAAUCAUCACCACAGUGGCUUGGGUUCUGAGGUUCUCCUACAUAGACUAUCUGUUGACAUGGACUGGGUCCUCUCUCAGCUCAUAAUCUCAGCUGCUAAGUGUAUGUAUGCCUUGGGGUUGCUGUGGGACAGGAGGGUGUGCUGUCAAAUGCCUCAGCUGAUUGGUUUUUUCAGGUGUUUGCUGGGCAUCCCUAAUGGCUUGGGAAGCUAUAAGUGGAAGGCCUUCGUUGUGAAUUCAGUUUAGAGUAUUUCUGUGUUUUAUCAACCUGUGUGCUUUGCUCAGUUCUUUUCUCUCCAUUUUGGUUUUUGAGACUUAUUUAAGUUGAAAACCAAAAGCAAGAAAGAAGAUGGGGAAAACAAUAGAAGAAAAGAAGUAUGUAAAAUUUCCCUUUCACAAAAGAGAUAUUAAAUACUCUAUUGUGUAGAGUCUAGAAAAUAGUGAUUUUUGUGAUAUUUUGGGAGUCCCUCCCAGUGAGGAGAGUCUUGCCUGAAUGGUAAAGAACUCUAGGCCAUUAAUUAUGAGGAAUAUCUGGCAUGUACGUAGUCUAGGCCAUGUCUUACUGUUGGAAGUGAUUGGUCCUGCUUGUCAGUGUCCUGUGUUGACCAUCAUCCCUUGUUUGU